CCUGCACCUUCCAAACGGCCCGUCGCACAUGGCACUAAUGCUUCCCCUCUUGGGCUAAGGCGUCGACUUUCGUGACCUCAGAUUCUAUUCAUGCACAAUUCGAACCAUCUGAACUUGUACCUCAGGCAUUGAAGCUGACCAAACGACGACAUGUCAGUAACCACAGCGUCCUAUGCACCGGAACGUUCGGACAAGACCGAUCUUGAGGGGGAGCACGCGACAUAUCGAGACAAACCGACUGUUGCCGAGCCAGAUGCAGAAGGAGAUGCAGAGGAACGUGGUCGACUCAAACGACGCCGAAUGUCCUCACACUCUCCUCCCCGAGCUGCCUCACCUUCUCGAGGCCACGACCGUGACAGCGGCUCCCGGCACCGACAUCACCACCGCAAUCACCAUCGAGACUCGGAGUCAGCGAGUAUGACGCCACCGCCAUCCGUGCAGAAGAAGCAAAGACGGCGCAGCGACGCAGAGCCUGAUCAUACGUUCCGCGGUCGACCACGAAAUCGCAGCGGCAGCAGAGAACGUACCGGCAGUCCAAUCUUCGAAGACGAAAGUGCGAGCGAGGAAGAGGUGAGAGAGCUCAGGAAGAGGGCCCAGCCGCCAAGCCGACCUCGAGUGGAGGCUGAAGAGGACGAGGGUGAGCUACGUAGACAGAGAAGUUAUCCCAAUCUGUACAGGAAAGAUUCGAAGGGCAAGGCAGAGAAGGUCGAGUCCAAGCGUCCGCAUCCGCUUAGACAGGAGCUCUGAGAGCUGUGAGGAAUACAGCACCUUUCACUGAGGUAAUCCGAGGUUUGACUUGAGAUGUCUGGCGUUUAGGUUUAUACCCAAGAAAUAAGUAGGACGCAUACAGCGUUAGCGUGAUAUCAAUAACCAUCAGUAGCAGACCUGCUCGUAUCGACUGCGUGUGACU